AUGUCAGAUUAUCGUGUUUCUUGUGAUUACCAAAGAACGAGAAAGCCAAAAGCCAAGGCACCACUUCCUCCAGCUGAGAUCAGAUGCGCUGCUGUUGCUUCAGUUGCUGAUUCUGUAGAAUCCACUACUUUCAUCAUGGAACAGAAAGAAAACAUGACAGACAGAGACGUUGAACUCUCGGUGGUUCUACCUGGAGAUGUUAUCAAAUCUACUACUGUUCAUGGCAGUAAACCUAUGAUGGACUUGUUGAUAUUCCUCUGUGCACAGUAUCACUUGAAUCCAUCAAGUUACACAAUUGAUCUGCUAUCCGCUGAAAAGAGACACAUUAAAUUUAAGCCAAAUACACCAAUAGGAAUGUUGGAGGUAGAGAAGGUAAUUUUAAAACCAAAAAUAUUGGAUAAGAAAAAGCCCACACCAAUAAUACCAGAGAAAACUGUGAGAGUAGUGAUCAAUUUUAAGAAAACACAGAAGACCAUAGUAAGAGUUAGCCCACAUGCAUCACUUCAAGAACUUGCUCCUAUUAUCUGUAGCAAGUGUGAGUUUGAUCCAUUACAUACACUGUUGCUGAAAGAUUACCAAUCUCAGGAGCCCCUCGACCUGACAAAAUCUCUUAAUGACCUGGGACUAAGAGAAUUAUAUGCCAUGGAUGUCAACAGAGCCACUUCUGUUACUGCCUUCAGUAAGUCAUCUUUACAAGAGUCCUGCCAAAUAUCACCAAACCUAGACAUUAUGAAGGAGAAAGAAAAUAAAGGGUUUUUCAGUUUUUUUCAACGCAGUAAGAAAAAGCGGGACCAAACUGCAAGUGCCCCUGCAACCCCUCUAGUAAAUAAGCACCGGCCAACUUUUAUGAGAUCCAAUACCAUUUCCAAACCAUAUACUUCAAACACCCUGCCAUCAGAUGCACCCAAGAAGAGGCGGGCUCCAUUGCCCCCGAUGUCGGCAUCUCAGAGCGCCCCCCAGGACCUUGGACGCAUUCAGGAGAGGCCAGUUUCUUGUGUGAUGAAAUCCGUGAGUGUGGAUGAAACAGAUAAGAGUCCUUGUGAAGCAGGCAUAGUGAGGACUGGCUCGCUGCCCCAUAGCAGCACAGGAAAUUCAUCUUUGAGAAGGACAAAGCGAAAAGCACCUUCCCCACCUUCCAAAAUACCCCAGCAUCAAAGUGAUGAAAAUAGUCAUGUUACUGCUGUACAUUCAGUAGAUGGUGCUCCUCCAGAAAGUGUUUCAGAACCAAAAUCUCCUGAGGGGCUAUCCAGUACAGAAUCCUCCCCUAACCCUCAGCUCCCAAGGCAGGAGCAGUACACUGUGUCCAAAGUGACAGAGGAAUCCUCUUUCUCAGAGAGCCCCGGAACACCUGAGGCAGCUGUGACAUCAUGGACAUCUGGAGUAAGCUCUGAUUAUGGCCUUGAAGAAAUAGAUGAAAGGAAAGAACUGAGUGAAGUGCCUGAAGACGAGGCUAAAAAUGUUUCUCUGAAGUCACAAGAUAUUCUUUUUGUAUCCCCUGAUAUAAUAAAUAUCCCAAAAAAUGAUCCUGACUCAGCCCCCGGCAUUGAUAGUGGAGAGUCCUUACAAAACUCCAAGGAAGAAAAACAGGAAGCUAGAAACACAGAUGGACAGGGAUCACAGAAUUUAGAACACGAUGCAAGCAAUGAAGAGAUGGUAGUUGUUAGUAAGAGAAACUUGAUGUCAUUGUGCCCAAACCAAAAGAAUGUGACUCAAAAUUAAAUAAUUAUCUUUUCAGAGAACAGAGACGAUAAUAUAAAAAAUGGAGUGAGGAAAACAGAAAUCACUGUAGGAGCUGUUGCCAAAAAUAACGACAUGGACACGGAUGUUGUCAGACUAUCAGACUCUCGGGUACAUAAAACUCAUACUACUGUAAAUUACAAGGAAAACCAUCUAGCAGCUUCAUCGGUACCAGAUCAAAAAAUGAAUCAACCUGAUGCAGAAAAGACAAAAAUGCAAGAUGCAGCAAUUCAGACAACCCCUUCCAGUAACAGUUUUUGUGGGAAUCAACAAGAUCAUUAUUUGUCUGACUUUAAAAUUAAUGAAAGUGUGAAAACUUCAAAUAACAAAUCAACUAAACAUUUAUCCUUAAGUUCACAAGAUUCUGUAGAAACCUCAAGGGAAUUCAGGAGUCAAGACACCCUAAUUAUACAUUCAGAAGAGCGUCUUACCAUGAAAGAUCCAAUUUGUGCACGUAGUGAUGAUGAUCUUUUGCCUUCUGUAGAUAGGAUUGACAAAAAUUCGAAUGCUUCUUACCUGAAGAAUUAUCCAUUUUACAGACAGGACUACAACUCCAAGCCAAAACCUUCAAACGAAAUCACACGAGAGUAUAUACCCAAAAUCGGAAUGACUACUUAUAAAAUAGUGCCUCCCAAAUCCUUGGAAAUAUCAAAAGACUGGGAAUCGGAAACUGUAGGGUAUAAAGAUGAUCAAGAGAUAUAUACUUUAGUAAAAAAGCCCACUGAUGAGAAUGUGAGAGAAACUGCCAUCCAAACAGAAGAGCCUGCCAUUUCUGCUGGACCAAAGGAGUCACCACCAGACCUUAAACCUAAGCCUAACUUGAAAACAGAGAAUGAGGUGCACAGUGCUGUGAGCUCAUCGGAUGGUGCCAUCGUUAAUCCUCUGAGACCUCCCAAAGUGAUAAGAGACACUGGCACAGCUCCUUUUGCACCAAAUUUGGAAGAUAUAAACAAUAUUUUGGAGUCAAAAUUUAAAUCUCGGGCUUCAAAUUCCCAGACAAAACCCAGUUCUUUUUUCUUGCAGAUGCAGAAGAGAGCAUCUGGCCAGUAUGUGACAUCUGCUGCAGCCAAGAAUGCCCACGCUGCCCCCAGUCCUACUCCAAAAGAAUUACCAAAUAAGGUGGUAGGAAAGGAUAUGCUGCCUCCUCCUGAGCAGACUCUUUCUCCCUUAAGUAAAACAGCUCGCUCUGUCUCACAACCCCAAAUUCAAAAUACGGAUGAUGACAUCGUCAGUCAGAAGCCCACGGAAACCUCUCCUCCUCCCCCCGUAGCACCAAAACCUGGGACUCUUCCCACUAGCCAGGCAGCAGCGCUAAAUCUGAAGACUUUGAAAACUUUUGGUGCCCCACGGCCAUACUCAAAUUCGGGUCCUUCACCAUUUGCCCUCGCUGUAGUGAAAAGGUCACAGUCUUUCAGUAAAACACGUACUGAGUCAUGCAGUGAAGGGGCAUCUGCCCAACCUCCAGCCAACACAGAGGAAGAGAAGACUCAUUCUGUAAAUAAAUGUGUGGACAUCCCACAGCCUGAGGUGAUUGAUAAGGAAAAUAACUCUGCACGUAAUGAAGAGAAUUCCCAAAUACUGACUCCAACUGUCUGUCCAUCAUUCACCCUUCAGAGACAAAAUUCUUUAACAUUCCAAAGCUCUGACCCAGAACAGAUUCGACAGAGUUUGCUGACUGCAAUCCGUUCUGGAGAGGCUGCUGCCAAAUUGAAAAGGGUUACCAUUCCAUCAAAUACAUUAUCUGUGAAUGGAAGGUCAAGACUCAGCCAUUCUGUGUCCCCUGAUGCCCAGGACGGCCGUUAAUUGUUGCCCCGCCAUGCUGCCCUUCACUUCCACUUCACUGACCAACUUCAUUCCAGCGGAAAAUGUUGACAAAUGUAUAUUCAGAUGUACACUAAUAUAUUAUCUGGUAAAAUAUAAGAAUCUGUGCUAUGGCUUUUAUUGCCAGGAGGAGAAUUAGCAGAAUUUAUAACUUAUAAUAAUUUUUUAAAUCUUUUUUUGCCUUAAGAGCUGCAUAUGCUGCUUUAGAACUUUAAAAGAAGGUGUAUAUGACAUUUGUUUUUUUCAAAUGAGAAAUAAUCACUUUUUAUUGAUUUCACUUAACACAUUCUCUGCAAUGGUGACUUAGACAAAAGUAUAAAUUAAGAGUCAAAGACAUAUUUGUAUGACACAUGAAUAGUUAAACAUUGUCUGACAUUUGCUGCCUCAGUGCUAUAGUUUAAUUGGAAACAUAAGUUAUAUUAAUUAUGUCUAAUUUUGUGCUGAAGAGAACUAGUGAUAUCAAAAAAAGUCUAUUCAGUUCAAUGAUUAUUUUCAUGACGAAUCACUUAGUGUGAAAGACUUAUCUUGUGCAUUCUUUCUGUAAUUGCAAAUCAUCAUCAAAUUCAUGGGAAGUUCAUAGUAUUUUAAUAUUUCAUUAACAUGGGACUCUUGGUUUUUUUAAUCUGUAGAACUUAAAUUGCACAAGAAAACUUAAGUAUAUUCUGUAUAUAAUUAUGACAUUGUCACACAGAUAUUACACAUUUUAUAUGCCAGAAGCCUUAAAAAUCUUUCUGUGAAAACGUUGAUAUAUUGUGACAGUUAUUUCACAUUUGUUAUGUAGAGAGGAAUAGAGGUUAGUUUAUGUCCAUAUUGGAAAACUUUAAAGACUACUUGGAAGUUCCAAAAAUCCUGAUUUUAUUUCAAGUAAAUGAUAAAAUAGGCAUUAUAUAGUUCAGAGGCUAAUAUUCUAAAUAAUAAUAUAUAUUUACAUUAAAGCUAAAACUGUUAAGCAAAAUAAUGCCUAAUUUGUUGGCUUACAGCUAUUCUGGGGUCUAGGACUUGUUGGUAUUCUGUUUCUACUUUAAUAAUUUAAUUACUUAUUCUAAAAGUUUUGUUCAAACAAGCUGAUAUUAAAUUUAUUUUCACUAAAACUACUGGGAUAUCUGCAUCUUUGAAAAAUAUGUUGAUCUUUUUUCUGUUUAAUAAAAGUCAGUUGUAUAUUU